GUGUAGGAGGCGCUCCAUUUUUUCGCCGCCCGGGAUUGAGGGACUCGUAUUUUGUCGCCCCCAGGAUCCUGACGGUGUGGGACGCACUGGAAGAAGGCUGACGACGACGACGGCGCCGGCGGGCCCGAAGCGGCUCGGGCGGGUGGAGGCGUGCCCGGCGCUAGGACCCAGGAGGACGCGAGGCGGCUCUUAGGGCCAGAUUGCAAAUUCGCCGUGACUCAGUCCGGUGUACAGCGGGCGACGGCUGGAGCAGCAAGCCAAGAUGGAGUGGAAGCCCGAUGAACAGGGGCUUCAGCAGAUUCUGCAAUUGCUCAAGGAGUCCCAGUCCCCAGACACCACCACGCAGAGAGUCGUGCAACAAAAACUAGAACAACUCAAUCAGUAUCCAGAUUUCAACAGCUACCUGAUUUUUGUUCUUACAAAGUUGAAGUCUGAAGAUGAACCAACACGUUCCUUGAGUGGUCUCAUCUUGAAGAAUAAUGUAAAAGCACAUUUUCAUAACUUUCCAAAUGGGGUAACCGACUUCAUCAAAAGUGAAUGUCUGAACAACAUUGGUGAUUCCUCUCCCUUAAUUAGAGCUACUGUAGGCAUUCUGAUAACAACCAUUGCUUCAAAAGGGGAAUUACAGAACUGGCCUGAACUCUUACCAAAGCUUUGCAGCCUGUUGGAUUCUGAAGAUUACAACACCUGUGAGGGUGCAUUUGGUGCUCUUCAGAAGAUAUGUGAAGAUUCUGCUGAAAUUUUAGAUAGCGAUGUAUUGGACCGACCACUCAAUAUCAUGAUACCUAAAUUCUUGCAGUUUUUCAAGCACAGCAGUCCAAAAAUAAGGUCUCAUGCUGUUGCAUGUGUCAAUCAAUUUAUCAUCAGUAGAACUCAAGCUCUUAUGUUGCACAUAGAUUCUUUUAUUGAGAAUCUUUUUGCACUGGCUGGUGAUGAGGAGCCUGAAGUACGCAAAAACGUUUGCCGUGCUCUGGUAAUGUUACUGGAAGUUCGAAUGGAUCGCCUGCUUCCUCACAUGAUUAAUAUAGUUGAGUAUAUGCUUCAGAGGACUCAGGAUCAAGAUGAAAAUGUGGCUUUGGAGGCUUGUGAGUUUUGGCUGACUUUGGCUGAACAACCAAUUUGUAAAGAUGUAUUAUGUCGGCAUCUUACUAAAUUGAUACCUGUGCUGGUAAAUGGUAUGAAAUAUUCAGAGAUUGAUAUUAUUCUGUUGAAGGGGGAUGUUGAAGAAGAUGAAGCUAUUCCAGAUAAUGAGCAGGACAUAAGACCUCGUUUUCAUCGUUCACGGACGGUAGCUCAGCAACAUGAAGAAGAUGGUAUUGAAGAUGAUGAUGAUGAUGAUGAUGAUGAUACUAUUUCUGACUGGAAUUUAAGAAAAUGUUCUGCUGCUGCUCUAGAUGUCCUGGCUAAUGUAUUUCGUGAUGAACUUCUGCCACACAUCUUGCCCCUUUUGAAGGAAUUACUCUUCCAUCCAGAAUGGGUAGUUAAAGAAUCUGGUAUCCUUGUUCUUGGAGCAGUUGCUGAAGGCUGCAUGCAGGGUAUGAUUCCAUAUCUUCCUGAGCUUAUCCCUCACCUUAUUCAGUGCCUCUCUAACAAAAAGGCUCUUGUGCGCUCCAUUACAUGCUGGACUCUUAGUCGCUAUGCACACUGGGUAGUUAGUCAACCCCCAGACAUAUACUUGAAGCCAUUAAUGACUGAAUUGCUAAAACGUAUUUUGGAUAGCAACAAGAGAGUACAAGAAGCUGCCUGCAGUGCCUUUGCUACUCUAGAAGAGGAGGCUUGUACAGAGCUUGUUCCUUAUCUUGCAUAUAUACUUGAUACUUUGGUCUUUGCAUUUAGCAAAUACCAGCAUAAAAACCUGCUCAUUCUUUAUGAUGCUAUAGGAACUCUUGCAGAUUCUGUAGGACAUCAUCUAAAUAAACCGGAAUAUAUUCAGAUGCUAAUGCCUCCAUUAAUCCAGAAGUGGAACAUGUUGAAGGAUGAAGAUAAAGAUCUCUUCCCUUUAUUAGAGUGCCUGUCUUCAGUUGCUACUGCCUUGCAAUCUGGCUUUCUUCCAUACUGUGAACCUGUGUACCAGCGUUGUGUAAAUCUGGUGCAGAAGACUCUUGCACAAACCAUGCUGCAUAAUGCUCAGCCAGACCAAUAUGAGGCUCCAGAUAAAGAUUUCAUGAUUGUGGCUCUUGAUUUACUCAGUGGUUUAGCUGAAGGACUUGGAGGCAACAUUGAACAGCUAGUGGCUUGCAGCAAUAUCCUGACACUAAUGUACCAAUGCAUGCAGGAUAAAAUGCCUGAGGUACGGCAGAGUUCUUUUGCAUUGUUAGGUGAUCUGACAAAGGCGUGUUUUCGGCAUGUUAAGCCUUGCAUUGCUGAUUUCAUGCCCAUUUUGGGAACCAACCUAAACCCUGAAUUUAUUUCCGUGUGUAACAAUGCCACCUGGGCAAUUGGAGAAAUCUCCAUCCAGAUGGGUAUAGAGAUGCAGCCUUAUGUUCCAAUGGUGUUGCACCAGCUUGUAGAAAUAAUUAACAGACCCAACACACCAAAGACAUUGUUAGAGAACACAGCAAUAACAAUUGGUCGUCUUGGUUACGUUUGUCCUCAAGAGGUGGCCCCCAUGCUACAGCAGUUUAUAAGACCCUGGUGCACCUCUCUGCGAAACAUAAGAGACAAUGAGGAAAAGGAUUCAGCAUUCCGUGGGAUAUGUACCAUGAUCUCAGUCAACCCCAGUGGAGUAGUCCAAGACUUUAUUUUUUUUUGUGAUGCUGUUGCAUCGUGGAUUAGCCCAAAAGAUGAUCUCCGAGACAUGUUCUGUAAGAUUCUUCAUGGAUUUAAAAACCAAGUUGGGGAUGAGAAUUGGAGGCGUUUCUCUGACCAGUUUCCUCUUCCCUUAAAAGAGCGCCUUGCAGCUUAUUAUGGAGUUUAAUCUUAUGCACUGUAGCGGCAGUCCAAUAAUUAGAGGUCCUUCAGUCUGGGAGAUUAUGAGGGAGCCUCUGCACCCAGGGAAAAUGUUACCCUUUACUGGGGGGAAGGAUAAACCCAACCCUGGUGGGAGGGUGUUGCCAUCACUGUUGAUGUUGGAAAAUGUUUUAACAUCUGGAUCCUUUGUGAGUGGAAAUCUGUCUCCUAUUACAACACUGCACUGGAUGUGAAGAAGAAGAAAAAAAUUAAUAUUUUAACAAAACAGCACAUUCUGGACUAUUGUGGGGAAUUGUACCAAAAUAAGAACCAUAUAUAAUUUACCCAUAGAGAUACGUAAAGAGGAAAACUAUUUUGUGCACAAUAAAGGAAACCCAAGAAUGGGGGUCACAAACAGUAAAAGGCUUUCUUUUAUGUUUUUUUUAAAGUAAGGGGUUUCUACAUUAUUUCAUCCUGCUUGAUGGAUUCCUAGGUUAUUUGCAUGUUAAUGAAUAACUAAACGAAUUAAGUUAGAACAGUUAAAAUGCAUCUUGUUGUCUAUGGUAGGAGCAGGCACUUGCAGCUUACAAUAUAGAAAUCCUGUCAUAAAUUAAUAAGGUUAACUUGGACAAAAUGAAACAAUUUGCAAGCUGCCAAAUGAGUCGCUCCUUUUAUUUUUGGGGUAAAGGGAGGGACACUUCAAAGACUGACAUCUUAAUUUUUAUAUUUUAAAAGAAUUAAAGUAGUUUAUAUUAUUUGGUUAUUGUACUUCAUUAGAUUUAAUUUCUAGAGUAAGGCAUUAUUCUUAAUGUGCAGUUUAAGGUUCAAGCAUGCAUUUUGGCUAGUGGGAAAGUAGCAUGCUUGCAUCACAUAGAAUGAAAUUGGUAUACAUUUACCAAUGUUGCGCCAGUCUUGUGUUGCAGUUUACCAAUUCAAUAUAGCCCUGCAUUUAAAUUUCCACUUCUAAGAUUCUGUGGAUCUUAUUUUUAUUAAGAAUGUAGAUAUAAAGUACUGUAGUUAACAAUUAGGCCUUGAAACACCUUUUUAGGUUCUGUUAAGAUUAAGAUUGAUGUUGUAUUUUGUGGAACUGGCACAAUGUGGAAAGCUGAUAUAGCUGUGCAAAAUAUUUGCCUAUGUACUGUUGGUGUGACGUGCUUUCUGCAUAGUUAUAUACUAGUGAUCUUUAUCAGAAUCUCUAAAAAUGAGUUACAUGGUAAGACCCAUUAAGGGCUGCAUAAAUGUUAGUUGGCAUGUAAAGACAAUUAUAGAAGUUGAUGACGAUUGCUAUAUUUGUGUUUAUUCCCACUCAACGUAUUAACUUUUAUGCUUUCUUUUGUUCGCAGCAUGAUCUUAGAGAUGUUUAAGUUAAUGGAUGUAAUGCAGGGUAUCUACAAUGUAAUGGCGCAUGUCAGUGGCCCUUUGUGAUGUAAGUUAAAUGCACAAGGGUGCAAGUUUAAAGCUACGGAGUGAAAGUUGGUUUGGAUCCUCUUAAUUUCAUUUGUUUAGCUUUUUUGUUGAUGUUUUGGCUUUUUUAUUUUUGUGAGGUUUUUUUCUCUCUACUUACAUGUAUUCCUGUGAAUAAAUCCUUGUUAAGUUAA